AUGACGACCGUUCUACAGGCUCCUCUUGCUGGAGCCUCCCAUUUCUCGUCCAGCGCCAUACACUCUGGCUCAUAUCCUGAUUUAUCCUCUCUAGACGCCUCGAUAUCUUUCAAUAAACCUCAUUCCCAAACCUCUCCCUACUCUCGCCACGAUUACGACAAAGUAUAUGCUGACUCCGGUCCCUCAACCGCGCCCUCUUCCCCUCAGUUGACCUAUUCCUCGCGACGGGAUUCUAAUGCCUCAACACCGGCAAGUUGCUUAUCCCUGGAUCACAGGGACGUGAUGGACGAAGAUGACGACAUGGCAUUCCCUGCAUUUGGGGCCUCCGACCUGGGCAGCAAAACAAGUCAGGACGCUUCCGUCUUGGUCGAGCCACAUGAUGAUAUAACAACCCAGGUACCAAGUCCCCCAACGGACGAUACCUCCCUCACUGGUAGGACGACCCAGGACGACCAAUCCAUAGAAGCGGAACCUACGAGACACGUUGACUACCUCUCUCAUGAUUGGAAAGAGGAAGAGAUCUGGAGGUCAUGGAGCUAUGUGGUUCACAGGCGGGGCAGUCUUACCAAUGGCACUCGGCUAGAGAAUGCUUCCUGGAGGUCGUGGAUGAAGGCCAAAAAUCAUCUCAAGACAGUUUCGCCCGAGACUCUCAAUUGGCUGAAGGAUUGUGACGUGACUUGGCUGUACGGACCGCUCCAGACGAACAGGAGUAUCUCUCAAUCCAUGACCAACACAUCUCCUCCGCCCAGCAGAUUAUCUCACUCAUCCUCAUUCAUCUCCAAAAAGCCCAUCCUCAAAAAGAAGUCGGCGUCGGCAGUUAUCUUGGAACGGUCCAGGUCACAACAUUCUCUGCUCCAGCGAGCGGGAGAUAUCAUCCGGAUACAACAGUCCAGUCCAGCCAGCGGACGACCUAUUCUAAGACGAGGCAAUUCCGAGUUUGUUCUACCGCGCUAUGACAGUUCUGUGGUCAACACCCCCGCCGAACACGAGACACCUGGUUUCAAUGGGCCGAGAUCAUCUUUCGCUUUUGACGUACCGACCCCGUCAGAGUGUAAGCACGUUUUAUUCGACGAAGAGGUCAGGCAAGUGCAGGCCAUUGAUUCCGAAGAUGAUGACAAACCCGAGGAAGAAGACGUUAUUCUUGAGGAUGACGAGGACGAUGAUUGUGGCUUGAUGAUGGCCCCGGCUCAAAGGUCGGGACGGGGCAGCGGUCGAACAACGCCCCGUGGCAGUUUCAGCAACGACUCGAAAACUAUUGUGCCACUACCAUCCACUACGUUGAAAUACAGGACUGAUACCCCUGAGCCUCAGGAGAUGCCCAAUCCUCCCGCUGGAUUUUGGCCCAAUGGACGAAAGCUAUCACCCUCCCCUUCACAAGAGACGUUGCGGCCUCCUAGGCCGAAUCAGAAUUUCCUUAUUGAUGAUGAUCCGGAAGUGGUAGAUGAGCCCUGGCAGCCUCAUUCUUCGUUUGGGGACGAACGCUCCCCCUACGAUGAAGAGGAUGACAACAAUGACGGCCACCCAAUGAUGAGACGAACCGAAUCCGGCAUGUUUAUGCCAUACGAUGAAAACGAGGACGAGGUGGCCAUGAACAACACGCUUUUCGGGCAGGCAAUGUAUGCCGUCAACACUUUCAGAGAUAUUGCCCAUGUGGUAUGGAAUGUGGGCUGGAACCGACGAUAA